GUUUUAUUUUCACUUCCUAUUCCACUCUCAACUAGAAACAACAUGUCUCAAUCAAGUCACUCUGUUUAUAUAAUAGGAGCCGCCCGCACGCCAACUGCACGAAUCCAUACUUCUUUGUCCUCGAUCAAGGCUACAAACCUUGGCGCAGUUGCCAUCAAAGAAGCCUUAAGUCGCUCCGGUGUCUCCGCCGAUUCCAUCUCCGAUGUAUACAUGGGCCAAGUACUCCAAGCAGGCGCAGGCCAAACACCGGCUAAACAGGCCGCAAUAAAAGCCGGAUUACCUCUGACCAUUGAAGCAACAACGAUCAACAAAGUAUGUGCAUCUGGUCUCAAAGCCAUCACUAUGGCGACUCAGAAUAUCCAAUUGGGCCACGCAACUGCUCAAGUGGCUGGUGGGAUGGAAAGUAUGUCUCAGGUGCCUGCGUAUUAUAGGAAGCCUGACCCCACCAGUAGCACCAGUAGUCGCAUUCCCGGGACUCAACAGCAGCAGCAGUUACCGUCGGACGGUCUUUUGGACGGGUUAAGAUGCCCCUUUAAUGGUCAUCUAAUGGGAUACUACGCCGAUCAAAUUGCCCAGCGCUUCGGGAUCUCGAGAGAAGAUCAAGACAAAUACGCACUUGAAUCAUACCAUCGCGCAAUCAGAGCCCACGCGGCGGGUAUUUACAAAGAUGAAAUCAUACGCGUUCCUCUAAACCCGAGAAAGACACAGCUCGUGACCGAAGACUUCAUCCAAGAAGCUGACAAGUUCACCCCAGAAGCCCUUGCACAAUUAUCACCAGCCUUCUCUGAAAAGGGGACUGUCACUGCGGGGAAUGCGUCGUUUCUUGGUGAUGGUGCUUCUGCUGUGGUUUUGGUCAACGAUGAUCUGGCAAGAAAAUAUACACGCGGUGAUGAAGGCAACGGCCCCAAAAUAAUGGCGGAAAUCAUGGCAUAUGCAGACGUAUCUGCCACGCCAGCUGAAUUUGCCUUGGCACCGGCUAAAGCUAUACGAAUUGCACUUGAGAGAGCAAAUCUUUCCGUGCACGAUAUCUCGCUCUGGGAAAUCAAUGAAGCCUUUGCAGUUGUUGUCACAUUGGUUCAGCUUGCAAGUUUGUGUGAACUUCGUCUGGAUCCCAAACUGGUCAAUAUCAACGGAGGCGCUAUUUCAUUCGGUCAUCCGCUCGGGAGCUCCGGAUGCCGCAUUCUCAUCAGCCUCUUUUACCAAUUACAACCUGGUCAAUAUGGAGUCGCUGCCAUCUGUAACGGUGGUGGGGGAUCUACCGCGAUGAUCAUCAAGAGAAUCAAUAGCGAGGAUUUCCAGUGU